UACUUUUAUAUUUGCUAUUAUUUUAAAAUGAAAGUUAAAAAAAAUAAAGAAAAACAACCUAAUCCAUUUGAAUUACAUAUAAAUAACAAGAAGUUCACUAUACUAGGUCGUAAAUCCAAAAAUGAAGUGGGUAAACCUGGUAUUGCUCGAUCGAAGUCUAUUCAAAAGAGAAAAAAAUCAUUAUUGCUUGAGUACAAACUUAAAGACAAAUCGAAUAAAUUCGUGGAUCGUCGAAUUGGUGAAAAAAAUCAAGCAAUGACAGCUGAUGAUCGUGUUAUUGCGCGAUUUACAGCAAGCAGAGUCAAGGCACAAAAAAAAAUGAAGUAUAACUUGGGUGAAGAAGAGGAUCUUACUCAUCAUGGUCAAUCAUUGUCUACCAUUGAAAAAUUUGAAAAACCUAUGAGUGAUGAUGAUUCUGAUUCAGAUGAUGAUCGAAGUGGUGGAAAGUUGGCAGCUGAGUUUGUUGAAAAAGCUCAUUUUGGUGGAGGCAUUUUAAGUCGAGCUGGUGAUGGUGAAACUAGUCACCGAGAUUUGAUUGAUAAAUUGAUAGCUGAAUCUAAAUUGAGAAAGUAUGAAAAAAAACAACUUAAACAAGAAACAAAUGAGCUGACUGAACAGUUAGAUAAAGAUUGGAAGGAACUCAUGCCCGUUGUACCUACAAAGAAUCGUGGUGAAACAGAUACUGAAGAUGAGCCUCCUACUAAAAAGAAAGUCGAUAAAAAUUCUUAUGAUAUUUUAAUGAGAUCAUUAAAAUUUGACCCCAGAGGAAUGGCUAGUGAUAAAUUAAAAUCCGAAGAAGAAAUUGCUAAAGAAGAAAAGGAACGACUUGAGAAGUUAGAAUCUGAAAGAUUAAAAAGAAUGAAAGGAAUUGAAGAUGAUGGUAUUGUCAAACAUCGAAGUGCUGAUGAUUUGGAUGAUGGUUUUGAUUUUGGUGACGAUGAGGUACAGCCUUUAGCCUACAACUCUGAAGGAAAACCACUCAAUUCUGAUUUAAUUUCUGUUGAUGAAGAACAAAAUGGUUUAAAUGAUGAUUAUUCUGAAAAUGUUGAUGAUGAAAUGAAAUCAGAUGAAGAAAAUAAUGAUGAUGAUGACGAUGAUGAUGAUGAUGAUGAUGACGACGAUGAUGAUGAUGAUGAAAAUGAGAAUAAUUUAAAUAAUGAUAUGAGUGAUCUUAAAGAUGACGAGAGUUCUAAUGAUGAAGAAACAAAUAUAUGUAUUGAAAAUACAGAUAAAAAUAAAUCAACCAAAUUAUUUGCUAAAAAGUUGAAGGAAAAAAAAGUAUUAAUGGAUGAAGCAAGAAAACAAUUACCUUAUACUUUUACAGUUGCUGAAUCAUAUGAAGGAUUCCAAGAAAUAUUGGAAGAUAGAUCUAUUAAAGAGCAAAUAGUAAUUAUUGAGCGAAUGAUCAAAGUAAAUCAUCCAAGCUUAGGUAAUGAUAACAGAUCAAAUUUACAGCGUCUGUAUCCUUAUCUUUUGCAACAUUUGAAUGAUAAUUCAUGUUCUAUAGAUGGUUGGAAGAUACUUAAUUCUUUAGCCCCUCAUUUGUAUGACCUAACACAGUUUUUUCCAGAACAUGCAGCCAAAUGUUUUAUUGAAGUAUUAAAAGAAAAACAUACUGAUUUUAUUGAUUCAUCACUAAAACAGAUAACUUCAGAUAUGUUAAUUUAAAUUAAUUUAAAUAUUGUAAAGUAUAAAUCAUGUUGUUAUUUUUUGUUAUAGUUAAUUUUUUUUAAAUUGGUUCCUCUGUUAUUCCCAACAUCUGACUAUUACCAUCCAGUUUGUACAUUUGCUGUAAUGAUAGCUAGUGAGAUUUUAUCACAAACCAAAAUUAAAAAACGUUCAGACAUAGCAUCUUGUUUAUUGCUGACAACAAUUUUAUUAGAAUAUGUUCAGUUGUCUAAAAGAUACAUACCAGAAGUAGUAAAUAUCUUACGAGGAAUGUUAUUAAUGACUACUAGUGAAAACAAUUCCGUUAGUUAUGUACAACAAUUCAAGCCUAACAUGAAAUUACUAAUGAUAGAAAAUAAUGCAACUCAAAUUGAAUGGUCAAAAAAAUUGAGCAUAAAUGAAAUAUUUAGUGAAGAAAAUAUAGAUGAUGCAUUCAAAUUUACUUCAUUAUAUGUUGUAUUAGAUUUAAUAUUUAGGUUUAGCAAAUUAUGUGAAGAUAUACAUAGUGUUAAUGAAAUUUGGGCACCCCAUUUAUCAAUUAUAACUGUAUUAAAGAUUAAUUCUGACGAAAUGAAUGCACAAAUUGAUAAAACAAAGCUGCAAUUACAGACGAUUGAUAAAAAAUUAGAAAAACUUCAAACAUUAUCUAAUAGACCUAAAGCCCUUCGCUUGUAUGAACCUAGAAUUCAAAAAGUAUAUGAUGGCCGAACAUUCAAAACUGAGUCUAAAGAAAAAGCUGAGAGAUCAAAACUUCUGCAUCGAUAUAAACGUGAGAUGAAAUCUGCUGUUCGAGAAAUUAGAAAAGAUAAUAGUUUCUUGUCUAAACUUAAGUACCAUGAACAAGCUAAAAGUGAUGCGGAGAGGCGUAAUAAAGUUAAGCAAAUUUACAGUUGGGGUGCAAAUCAAGCUCAUGAAAUUAACAAACUUGCUAAAAAGAAUAAAAAAUAGAAGUUCUGUUAUUCAUUAUGUAAAAUUUUUUUGUAAAGAUACCAACGAAUUAAUUAUU